UUUGUUGUUUAGUGCCAAUCCCGCUCUGUUUUAUUUAUUUUCGUUUUCCUGCAAUAUACUACGAGGCAAUAAGUAUACAAAAAUAUGACCAGUACUACAAAGUUUAUAAAUGAAUUCUGUGAUAUCAUUGAUUCGUAUGGCGGUCGUGAUAAGGUAAUGAAGGCCUUGUGCUAUAGCGCAAAGCUGGUAGCUGGCUACCAUGCGAAACACAAUCCGGACUUGGCCAAACGCUAUGCGAUUGCCAGCUCCAAGAUAUCUGGAGCGCGUGCAACGCUGCGGCUGAUUGAUGAUAUACCUAUGAUACAGUAUGCCCUCGAAUAUGGCUUGGGAGAUAAGGAGCCUGAUCGUAUUAUGGCGAUGCUAGGCGUAACAGCGAAUAUUGUUGACUUGCUUUAUUAUCCUAUUGAAAAGAUAUGUUGGCUGUCGGAGCAUAAGAUUGUGGAUGUUAGGCACGCCGAUAAUUGGGAUAAUUUAAAUUCAGUAUUUUGGGUGCUGUCAGUUUAUUUGAAUCUAAUGCGCACUUUGCGUAACUUUUGGCUAAAUCAGGAGAAACUCAAUCAAAGUCAUAAGCUAACUGCUGCCACUAAUAUUGAUACAAAAGCCAUGGCCAAACAUCGCCUUGAACUUAUCUCUAUUGUGCGCAUAUCAUUGGAUUUUGUACAUGCUGCUAGCACUUUACCGAAAGGAUACCUCUGGGGUGGCAAACUGUCCACAUUCCAGGUUGGAGCUAUUGGCACACUGUCCGCCGGCCUGGGCAUUUAUCAAAUAUUUGCCAAGAGAAAACUAAACAAAUAGUCGGCAUUAAUAACGUAUUAUGGAAUUUAUAAAAAGCAAAUGGUUCUAAGCCAUUAAUUGUGAAAAUUUGUAUAAAGUGAAGCACUAGCUAGUUUUUAAUGUAUAUUAUAAGCACCGAAAUAUAAACGUAUCAAACCAGGCAAUGUGCAUUUUGUAA